GGACUAACUUUUGGACUCUAAUUUGACUUCUCUUCAUAUUAAUUUUUCUUUUGUAGGCAGGCGAUCAUUUGGUUAAGUUUGAACAUUGGUUUGAAGCAUGUGGUGUGGAGUGGUGAUUUUAAAUUUAAGGAUUUAAUUAUGUCAUUUUUGAGUGUCUCUCAUUUGGAGUUGUUAAAAAAGGUGUGUUUGGACCUUUUAUGGAGUUGGCUAAUCUACACUUGUGUGAUAAUAUGUUCCAUUGCUUGGUUUUAUCCCAAGUUGACUCUGGUACUGAUAGUGUGUUAAAUUUUAAGAUUUUUAGUCGUGAGUGUGUAUUUCAUUGCAACUGUUUUCGUCUUAUUACAGGUUUGGAUAAUUGCGGUGGUGAUUUUAGUGUUGUUUCUACCAGACCAAAUAGAUUGUUGAGGCGAUAUUUUCCAAAUAUGGAUAGAAUAAAGUUGUCUGGUCUCAAGAGGUUCUUACAGUUUUGUUCAAUUAAUCGGCCUGCUGGUUUUUGGGCAAAACAUAGUGAUGCUGCUAGGCUUGCUGAGGUCUAUAUAGUGGAGAGGGUGUUGUUGGGGCGUGAUGAGCAAUGUUUCGUUAAAGAUAAUAUAAUGAAGAUAAUUGAUGAUGAUGUUCUUCGGGUUUCUUAUCCUUGGGGUACUCUUGGUUUUGACUGGUUGGUACAGUCACUUCGUUGUUGUUUGAGGACUUUCAAGACCAUGUCAUUUAAUAGUCAUAUGACUUAUAUGAUUAACGGGUUUCCUUAUGCUUUACAUGUGUGGGCAAUUGAGCUUUUCCCUAUUUUUCGAGAAUUUUCAAAGUACAAUGGUCUGAAGUUUCCUCGUAUGUUGCGUUGGGGUCCGUCAAAGCAAGCUCCUUAUAAUGUUGUUACUAAGAAUUUCUUCCAUGCUGAAAAUAGAUUUAAUAGGUUUCAUGUCAACUCUAUUGUUGUUAUGGGACAAGAGAGGCACAAUUAUCCAGUUGCACUUCAAUUUGCUUUUGAUUCAGGCUCUUGUUCUUCGAGUGUGGUUUUGCCGCUACCACUGAUUGAUCACAUACUUGAUGGUGUUAUGUCCAGUGUGAAUAAGAAACUAGAAGAUGAACGCUCUACUAUUUUCAAGCAAGUCACGGAUUGUUUGAAUAGCCGUGUAGAAGAAUUGGAUAAAAGAUUUGUUGACUUGACUAAAGCUGUUGCUGAAUGUGUUGAAAAGACUACUUUAGACAGUAGAAUUGACUCUUUAGAAACACGAUUUGUUUCUCUGAUCGACACUAUCGAAAGUUUAGUUCGACUCCAUCGUGAAAACAAAACAUGUUUAGGUUGUGGGUCUACUAAAAGAGAAUCUGAUUUAGUUGAUCCGGUAAACGAAGAGGGCAAGUUAGAUCCACAUUUGCAAAAAUAUUUGCAUCAAUAUCCGGAGAAUAUGCUUUGUAAAUCUACUUCUAUGACAAAUGAUCCCCUGGAUAUUCUUUGUGAUGCUGCUAUUUCUACAUCAAGUCAAUUGUCUAGUAAAACUCAAACACUUUCUGAGGUUGAAAUGCAAAUUGCAAAAGAAAAGGAAGAGCGCGAAAAACUUGAAGAAAUUAAAGCAUCAAUUAUUGUUGAUUUUAAUGAUGCUUAUGCACGAGGAGAUUAUGUGUUUUCUUCUAAUGAAGCAUCACAAAAUCUAAAUGAAGUAGCAGCAGAUGUUGGAGUUUCUAGAAAACGUCAGAGAUGCGAAGAUGGAGACAAAGAUGAUGAUGAUUUACCUUGUUGGACUCUGAUUUCAUCAGAAGAUACUCCUAUUGAGAAAGACUUGAUUUUUGGGGACUGAUAUAGAAAACUGAAUUUCAUGUUGUUGUUGUUGUUUUUUAUUUUUUUUUAUUUUUUUUUAUUUUUUUUGUGUAUAUGUUAUGAACAACACAUUAUUUUUGUAUGCUGAUUUGUGGUUUUUGAUGAAUGCAAGUGUUAUGUUAUUUUGUUUUCAUUUUUUUGCAAUGAUGUAUACUGGUUUAUUUUUUUUUUUUGCAGUCAAACUCUGCCGGAUCAGGUAGAGUUUGCAGUCAAACUCUGCCUGAUCAGGUAGAAUUUGUAGUUUGCACUCAAACUCUGCCGGAUCAGGUAGAGUGUUUGCAGCCAAACUCUGCCUGAUCCGGUAGAGUUUACUGUCAAACUCUUCCUGAAGGUAGACUUUUGCAACUUGCAAAUAUUUUUUCAAAUUCUAAUGAACUCAUACAAUAAUAAAUGUGUCUGUUGCGCACACGUCUUUGACAUUUGAAAACGUAUACAUAUGUUCUUUUACCAUUUAUUUUGAAACUAUUAAAGCAUAUUAUAUUUAAAUAAAAAAUACAUCCUUUUUUGGAUUUAACGUAUACCUUUUCUUAUUUUUGUGGUUUUAUAAUGAAUAAGCAACUUCUUCUUUUUUUUUUUUUUUUUUUUUUGGUGGGUAGAGGCAUAGUUUAAUUAAGUAGAGUUUUGCUUGUAACUCUUCCUGAUCAGGCAGAGUUUGACUUGAAACUCUGCCUUGUGCCCUUUCAGGCAGAACUUUUCUUUUACUCGCAUCCAAAGUUCUACCUGAAGGCCUAAUUUUGUGCACGUGCCAUUUUUUUAAAUCCAUGUGCACUUGGGUAAUUUUUUAACAUUUUUUAUGACAUAUAUAAAUUGCCCGCCCUUUCGUUUUUCCUUCAUUUUAUAAUUCUUUUUCUCAAUUCGAAAACUUUCCAAUCAAUUCGGUGUUUGUGACGGUUUCAAGUUAGAUUCUAUCUCUCAAACUUGAAUUCUCUUACUGGAAGUUCCACUUGAAGUGUGAGUUCCCCUUAAUAGUUAUUUAUUUUUUGUGAUUAGUUUUUUAGUUUAAACUUUUUGCAUAUGUAUUUUAGAUUUUACAAGAGUUUUGUGUGUAGUUUUUCUUUUUUAUUUCCACCCAAAUGCAUGUGUUUUAUUCUUAUUUUUUUUAUGUGUAUGUGUUUUGGGUGUUUUUGGUGGGUUUUUAUUUUCUGUAUUUGUAUGUCUGUUUGACAUUUGUUUGUUUUUUCUAAUUUCAGUGUUUGAAAAUAAGUAGUGACAGUGACAAUGUUGAUGAUCGAUUUGCUGAUUAUUAUAUCCACCAAAAUAGGUGGCCACGUAUUACUGUUGCGUGGCGAGGGGAUGAAAGUUAUCUUAAGACUAUUGAGAGUUUUUUAUUAGUACGACAGUUGAACAUGUUGGAAAAACGCCUUUUGGGAAUGUAAUGAAGUUGAAUAAUCUGAAGUUGUCUGGAGUCCUAUUGACAAGUGUUUUGCUGUCGGAAGUUCGGAGAACGGGGAUGACAUAUAUUUCAAUUUCAAUGGGAAGUUGCCAAAUUCAGAGAGAA